AGAGACAGAGCCGACAGGAGCAGACUCAGAGGCAUCUCCUCCACAAAAUAAUUCGGCCAUGAAGGAGCUUUUCGGGGAGACCUUUGCGAGCAAGGACACAGGCAAGACGUUUGCCAACACCAUCAAAGAGGAGGUGGCAUCCUACAAGGCAGCAAGCGGCAUUCCAGUGGAUGGUGAUCCACUAACAUGGUGGAAAAGCAAUGAGUGUAAAUACCCUCACAUUGCCAUGAUGGCAAGAUGCUACCUGGCUGAGCCUGGCACUUCAGUUCCUAGCAAGAGGGUGUUCUCCACGACAGGGGACAUAGUGAUUGCAAAGAGGUCUACCCUCUCCCCAGACAAUGUAGACAUCCUCAUCUUUUUGAAAAAUAAUUUGAAGUUAUAAGCACAGGUCUGCUUUGCUUUCUUUCUUAACUUUUUUUUGAUGAUGUUGACACAGGCAAUUUUUUCAUUCACUAUUGUUCA